AUGUCGGAUGUACGCCCUCCAAACGAGCAUGGCAGUUACCCGGGGACCAGCCAUGGCAUGUGCCAUUCCCAUCUCCACCUCCGACUCCCAAUCAUGAUCCCACUUCAUCUGGAAGUGAGGCUGAGAGCAGUGAUCCGCUUGACAAAAUCUCAGCCGUCAAGCACGACCUCCAAUAUUUGUCUAAGGCAACAGAUUGGUGGGAGACUAAAUGUGAUAUUCAUGGCCAAGUUAUGGGAAAUUUGGCCAACAAGUUUGAACAAAGCAUAUGCUGGAGAAGUGAAGCAAACUUUAAAAGCAAACAGUCGGAGCAAAGAGUUAGAGUCGUUGAAGUUGAAAUUGGAAGAGAUAAAGAAAAUGCCGUCGAUAAUUCACCAAAUCUGA